AUGGAGGAUUUCAUAGCCAAGAACAAAUUACUGACCACGGAUACUCGCUAUCUCGAUGACAACCCGGAGAACGUGCCAGAGGAGGAUCUUAUCCUUUUCCCCAACCGAGUCUUCGCAUUUGUGCUCAAAGAUCGAAAAUGGGCGGUGAUUGAUCUCAACCACGUGGACCUCGAUGCUGGCGCCGAUCAACCGAGGGACCGUGGAUGGAACUCGUUGGUGUUGCCCCCUGGUCACAAACAGAUGGUUCAUUCGCUUGUCCAAGCGCAUUUCCGUCAUCGUCGUGAGGAAGCACUGGAUCGGGACUCACAAGCGGAUCUUAUCCGAGGGAAGGGCAAGGGACUUAUCAUUCUCCUCCAUGGUGCACCCGGAGUGGGGAAAACGUCAACUGCUGAAUGUGUAGCUGAGCUUUGUAAUUUGCCACUGUACCCCAUCACCUGUGGUGACCUGGGAAUUACAGCCACCGACGUGGAAUCCCGCCUGAAGUAUAUAUUCACUCAAGCGCAGAAGUGGAAAUGUGUUCUCCUAUUAGACGAGGCCGAUGUCUUCCUGAGCCAGAGAGAGAACAAUGUGAAGCACAACAGCCUGGUUUCGGUCUUCCUACGCGUUCUCGAGUAUUACCAGGGUAUCCUCCUUCUCACCACGAAUCGAGUCGGCAAGAUCGACGAAGCCUUCCGGUCGCGCGUCCACAUCAGCCUCUACUAUCCCCCGCUAGACAAGCGAUCCACGCAGAAGAUCUUCGUCGAGAACAUGGACCUGGCCGAGAAGCGCGGCAAGAGCGUGAUCCGGGUCAACCGGGACGAGAUCCGCGAUUUUGCCCGGGAGCACUACCGGAGCAACGACCCGCAGCGCCGCUGGAACGGCCGCCAGAUCCGCAACGCCUUCCACAUCGCCAUCGCCAUCGCUGAGGACCGGGCCGCCGAGAAGGAUGCUAAGGCAGCCGCGGAGGGCAAAGAGCGGAGGCAUACCCCGGUCCUCAAGGCCGAAUACUUGAGGCUGGUCGAAGCGGCCUCCGCGCGGUUCGACGACUACCUGCACACCGUCCACGGCAUGGGCCAGCAGGAUCUUGCGAAGCAGGGCUCAACCCGCAGGGAUGAUUGGGAGGAAGACCGCGACCGACGGGACAAUCGGAGGUAUCAAUCCAGUCGCGCUGCCGACCCCCGGCGGCGAAAGGUAGAGGAAUCCUCUGAGACUUCGAUGACGGAAUCCAGCGAGGCAGAGACCCAUAAGCAUACUUCGUCAGAGCAGGAAAGCGAUGAUGAUUCAGAGGGCGGGAGAAAAGACGAAGAGGAGCCUUCCAGCUCAGAUGAAGAACCCUCAUUGCGGGAGUCGCGGAAGCGUUCCGAUCGGAAGAAAGGUUUGCAGAUCAAAGAACGUAAGUAUGGGUCAGGGGAGACCCGAAAGGAUAGUACGCGAUCUUCGAGAAAGAAUAAAGACAGUCGUUAG